AUGCGAGCUCCGAUCGACCUGCUACUGCGCGACUACCUGAAAGAGAAGGGCCGGCACGCGUAUGUGCACGUGCCGUCGCUGUUCCAGCACAUGGGCGUGUACAGUACCAAGGACGGCAGCAGCAAGGCGUUCCACUUUGACUUUCUGUUUGGGAAGAACGCAUCUGCUCUGACGGCUAUGGGUGGCGCUGUGGAGGGGCCCAGCAGCAGCGGAAGCAGCGGCGCAGCGUCGUCAUCUGUCGUGGCGCCGUUUAUAGAGUACCUCAACAGCUCGUGGACGCAGUUCCACGCCACAGUGUCGGCGCGGAACCUGUUGAGAGCAGCGGGGUACGAGCAGCUGAGGGAGUCGGACGCAUGGCAGCUGCGGCCAGGCGGCAAGUACUUCUUCACGCGCAACCUCUCCUCCAUCGUGGCAUUCGCUGUUGGGGAGAAGGCGUCCCCCGCGUCUCUCCCGCUGCGCAUAGUGGCAGCGCACACGGACAGCCCGUGCCUGAAGCUCAAGCCCGUGUCGGCCGCCACCAAGGGCGGCUACCUCUCCCUCGCCGUGCAGACCUACGGCGGUGGCCUCUGGCACACCUGGUUCGACCGGGACCUCUCCCUGGCUGGCCGUGUGCUCGUGCAAGGGGAGGACGGCAGGGUGGCGCAGCGGCUGGUGAAGAUUGACAGGCCGAUAUUGAGAAUUCCCACUCUCGCGAUUCACCUCGACCGGAACGUGAACACAGACGGAUUCAAGCCCAACGCGGAGACCCAUCUCGUCCCUGUCCUCGCCACUCACAUUAAAGCUCAACUGCGCGCCAACAACGGCUCCGCCGCUGCUGCUGCUAAUGGUGCUGGUUCUGGUUCGGGCGGGCGGCUUGGGACAGCAGAGGGGGGCGCGGCAGCAGCUGUGGCAGCUGCGAGGGUGAAUGGCAAGACGAACGGCACAGGCAGCAGUAACGGCAAUGGCAGUGGCAGUAAUGGUGGUAAUGGCAAUGGGAAUGGGAACUCGGAGCAUCAUCCACUGCUGCUGGAGCUGCUAGCAGAGGAGCUAUCCUGCUCGCCCUCCUCCAUCCUCGAUUUUGAGCUGAACGUGUGCGACACACAGCGCAGCGUAGCGGGCGCCGGGGGAGCGGGCGAGUUCAUAUUCAGUGGGCGGCUGGACAACCUGGCAUGCUGCUACACAGCCCUGCAGGCGCUGAUCGACGCGGAGGGGCUGCAGGAGGAGCAGGGCGUGCGCGUGGUGGCACUGUUUGAUAACGAAGAGGUGGGGUCGGAGUCAGUGAGUGGGGCGGCAUCCCCCGCCAUGUACAACGCCAUCAAGCGCAUCGUCAAGCAGAUGCCGGGAGUAGAGGCGGAGGAGGGCGCUGUGGAGAGGAGUCUCCGAGCGUCGUUCCUCGUGAGUGCGGACAUGGCGCAUGCACUGCACCCCAACUACCCCGAGAAGCAUGAGGAGCGGCAUCAGCCACGGAUGGGGGCGGGCAUGGUGGUGAAGCACAACGCCAACCAGCGCUACGCCACCAACCUCGUCUCCUCCUUCCUCUUCAAACACCUCGCUGCCAAGCACGGCCUGCCCUGCCAGUCCUUUGUGGUGCGCAAUGACAUGGGGUGUGGCAGCACCAUCGGCCCCAUCCUCUCCUCGGGUCUCGGCAUUCGCACCGUGGACGUCGGCAUUCCGCAGCUCUCCAUGCACAGCAUCCGGGAGAUGAGUGCAUCGGACGACGUCGACACAGCAUACCAUCUCUUCAUGGCUUUCUUCCUUCAUGCCUUCCCUCCAUCCCUUAUUUCCUCCACGCACCCCCCCUUCCUGCAGCAUCCGGGAGAUGUGUGCAUCGGAUGA